ACACCAAUCGGUGUCGUGGGGUGCCUGUGCCGUGUCAUCGAAACUUAAUUACACGUCGUAUACACUAUACAUUGAACGAUUUACCUAUCAGUGUGUUGCAACGUCGGCAACUUUUUAUUGUUUAUACAAAAUUAUAUUAUUUUUCAAUAUGUCGUCCGUUGAAGAAACUUCUCAACUUAAAGCUGGACAUCCCCCGGCAGUGAAAGCUGGUGGCAUGAGGAUCACACAGCACAAGACUCCUCAUUCAAAAGAUGGCAAAGAACCAGCAAAUGAAGACUUAACCGGUCUAGCUGGACCAUCACCCGUGCCUUCCAACCCCGUGUCUAUCUCAGGAGCACCCAAUAGAGGCAACGCAGACUUCACUCCGGAAGCUGCGCAAGUGGCCCACAGUCCUAAGCCUCCAGCACAUAUUAACUUUAAGCCCCAGACCAAUAUCCAACAGCCCAGGAAGUAGAUAUCAUAUUACAAGGACUUUUCAUGGCCCCAAUUCCAUUAUUUACAAUUGCUGAUGAUUGAAUGGAAAUUGAAUUAAAUGACACUAUUUGUAUUUUCCUUAGAAUUUUGUUACCGCAGUAAUUGAAAAUUCAGUAAAGGGUGGAUUACUCAACACAUGUGAAUUUCUUGUUAUUGUGUUGAUAAAAUGGUUUCGAGAAUAGUGUUAUCCAAUUUCCAUUCAAUCAUUGGUUUAAAUAACGGAAUUGGGGCACAGGUAGUUGGGUAGAUUUACAGAUUUUAGAUCAAAUUGGGUAUUUGACAAAAAGGAACUUAGAAGUCUGCCAGAUAAAUUUCCCAGAAAUAUGGAUAACUUUUCUAAAUCCUCACUACUAUACCUUUCAUCAUCGUAACUGCUUUUAAUCUUUUAAAAGAUGUAAUUAAAUAAAAAAUACAUAUCCCAUAUUUUUGGUAAACGUGUCUGCUGGACUGCUUUGGUUUGUUUAGUCAAAUAUCCUAUUGUAUUCAUCAUGAUAAUAUUAUAACAAUAGCAAUUAAAAUCCGCAAGCCCCUUUAGAGGAAUGACAUUUCAACAAUCAUUAGUGCCUACUGAUAAAACUGAAACUUGAAUGCAUGAAGGUGACAAUUCUAAGUUAUGAAUAAUCAAAACAAAAUGUCAACUCCAUACAUUUGAAUAUUAAAUUAUAAAAAAAAUGUCUUCCAAAAACUGUAUGAGAAUUAUCAAAAAAAAAUGUUUAUUCUUUAACAAUCACCUUUUACAUUCAGUCUUACAUAGAGACCUCCUUUUAAGUAAGCAUAUACCUGUGUUAGGAGGCCCCGCUCUUCAAACAAUAAGGAAACUAAAAUCCAGUAAAAAUAUCUCUAGAUUUUGAAUUGACACAAAAUCAAAUCAUUCCAUAUUAAAUACAUCAAUGUUAUUGAUAUCACAAAGGUGAAUACUCCAAAAAGUUGUUACACAAUUGUAAUAUCUGUCCAUUUAUCUAUCUACCUUGAUAACUUGUCUUGUUUACAUUAGGUAUUUAAUGCAAACAAUAAUUUUAUGUAUGUGAUAAACUAUUUUCAUUACAGAUAACAUAUCUUUAUUAAGAUAAGUUGCAUAGUUUUUUGAGAAAUUUAAAAACAUGUUGAUUGAUGUUUUCAAAUGAUUUUGCCCAGAGUACAUUUUAAAAAAGGUUUUUGACAAAUAAUCUGUUUAGUCAGGCAGAUAUAAAAUGUAUCCAAAAAAUAUUGGAAACGUAUUUUCUCUUUUAUCUCGCUAUCAAAAACUUAAGGGGAUGCAGUGAAAUAAAACGUUGUGUCUCGUCACAUUACGCUUUUUACUAGCAAUGUUACUAGCCAUCACUAUCUAACACACAUCUAAUUACCUAAGUGCUUCUUAUCUUCUUAAUUUUUUAAUGUGAUAUAAGAAAAAUAUGUACCUAUGCAAUAUAUUUAUAAAAUCUGUCUGACACACUACUUAGAUAUUUUUAGUCAGAUACUCUGUCCUGGCUAUAGAAGUCUUGAAAGAUUAAGAGCAUCUGUGUUAACAUUCACUAUUUCAACAUCAUCAACAUAUUUUUCUUUGUUGAAAGAAAAAUAAAACCCUUAACUAUGCACACUUGUCUAAAUAAAACAAUAGUUAUCCAAAACCAUAUUCCCAAUAUCACAUUUGUAAUUAAACAUCUAAUGUUGACAAAAUGAAAACUAGUGUUGGCAACACUUAAUAAUGUUGCCAACGUUAAAAUGCUAGCCACUAGCCUAGUGAUUAGAUUGGUAUAUUAAGAAUAUUUGUAUUAUAUAAGCACUGUAUUUAUUUAUAAAGACUUAAAAUUAUACAUCAGUGUUCCCUAAUUUUGAAAGGGUGAUCAAUAUUGCACAAAUCACCUGUUAAACUUGUUGAAUGGUGAUCUGUAGCUAGGCUUUAAAUCGACCAUCCAUAAGGAUCUUCUUUUAAAGUGAUAUUUGGAUAUUUGACUAAAUCUAAUCAUUUGAAUCUGUUCAGUCCUUUAUACAGAUUUCCAAAAAACAUUUAAUUUCAGAUUAAGAUGAAGUAUAUGGUAGUUGAGGUUGGUCACAUCACUUGAUAGUUAAAAGCGUACUGGUAACUGACGUCACAGGCACAUCAUUUUUUUGUUUACGUAGUAAAAGAAAAAAUACGCAUCUGAUAUAUUUUGGAAAUUUGUCUGACAGACUACACAGUUUAUUUUUGUCAAAUACCCAAUAUCAAUUGUGAAAGAGAGACGCUUUACGCCUUGUAUAUCGCUGUCACGCUUCCACAACUACUGGUGGCGCCCUCUGUGCAUUUGACAAAAGACUAAGUUAAAAUGAUCAACUUUUCAGCAACUGGUAUCUUGCUAUAGCAACCUAAUCAGAUAAAGGCUUUAUAAAUACCCAGUGGUUUGGAAAUUUGUUAAACACAAAAAAAUGAGAAAAUUGUAUGUUGUAGGUUACAUUCUAUUCAAUAAUAUAAUGAGUGUCUUAAAAUCUUUAGAAAUAAUUGGUCACAUUCCCAGAAAAAAUGAAAAUAUUUAAUAGACAUUGACAUGUUAUUCGUCUUUUCCUGUGUUGCUAGUUAGCUAGAGGACAGUUGCUACAUAAAAAAAUAAUAAAACUAGUGUUAACGUUGACCAUUUCUUUAGAGUGUUAAAAAUAUAAAUAAUAGUUCAAAAUGACUCAUGGAUAAACAGUGUUGUAUUUAAUUAUAUUAAAUGUUAAAGUUCAUUAAUGUUACUCCUGCACAAAUUUUCUUUUUUUCCUAUUAAACAGCACAUUCUUCUUGGUGUACAAAAUUUAGUUUAAAAAGUUAAGAACUGAUUUUUGUAACAGUGUUAUUGUGGUUCUCUACGUCAUUGUGGCCCUAGUUAUAAAGUGUGUUUGGUUACAGGCUCUAGACAGAUGGACCGCAUUUCAACUGCAAUACUAAUUCAAAUUGCAGUUGACACGACUGCAAUAGAUCUACCAAACUUGCAGACCGAUUGCACGCCGACUGCAGUUUGCGGUUGGAUUGCAAUUUAAGUGCGAUUUGUCCGUCUAUAGCCUAAGUAUUUUUGUUACGAAUUAUAAAAUAAUAUAUUUUUGGUUUUGAAAUUUUAUCGUGCAUUGAACAGCAAUAAUUAGAGAAUUUAAUCAUAGAAUUAAAAUCAUAGAUAGAGCAAUUAAAUAUAUUCUAUAUUGAUUGGUGCUAAGCCACUGAUGUUUAUAAUUGAUAAAUUGCAUUUCUUCCACAUUCCUAAACAUUGUAUGGUUGAUUGCUGAAAAAAGGUUCAAUUUCAUAACAUUUGAGUUGCAAAA